UUACGUUUAUUAGCGUUACGGCAAUUUAGAACGUGCAUCGUGCUGAGUUAGCGUGUAGCUUAAUUUUAUUGCUGUGUAGCUAGCUAAAUCAAGAGCUAACAUUAACAGCUAAUGCUAAGCUUGUAAAAAUAUGCCAUCCAUUGCGUUAGCUGGUUAAACAGCUAACCUUAUCUUCACUAUUUUUAUAUUCUCCUCACAGUAGCAUCUGACUCUGAUGUGAGGAGGAAAAAGCCAGUCAGCGUAAAUCCAUUCACACUUGCAGAAAAGGCAAAGAUGCCAAAAGAAAAACAAGAUCAGUGUCACAGGGCAGUCACAAACUUUGUUGUUAAAGGUUUGCUGCCUUUUUCUAUAGUGGAGGCUCCAUGGUGGAGGUAAGUAAGCUGUAGGUUAUAUUGUUGACCAGUUUAGCCGUUAUCUCUUAGCCUAGAUAAUGGUUUUUGAGCAAAAAUAACACAGCCAUGUUAUUGUUGAUGUUUUGUGUUUUUUUAAUGUCAAUUAGGGAGAUGGUAACAGCCCUUAACCCCAGAUACUAGUCCCCCAGCAAAGACAUGCUGUCAAAUACACUUAUACCAGCAUGGUAUGCAGUAGAGAAGGAAAAUGUCAAGAAAGAAUUGCAAGACGUCAGAGAUGUGGCUGUGACUGCGGAUGGGUGGACCAGUGUGGCACAAGACCAUUACUUGACUGUUUCAGUCCACUUUGUGAGAGAGGGGGCCAUGAAGGAGAAAAUCCUGCAUACCAGGGCAGUCUACACAUCACAGACAGGAAAUGUAAUAGCCGAGGAGAUAGGGGAUAUUCUUGACGAAUUCAAUAUAAAGGAUAAAGUUGUUGCGAUCACUGUAGACAAUGCAGCUAAUAUGGAUGUAGCAGUGAAAAAAAUGAACAUUAGAAAGAUUGCCUGUUUUGCUCAUACUCUAAACAUUGCUGCUCAAAAGCUAUACACUAUACCAGUCAUCUCAAAGUGGGCAGGAAGAAUCCGAGCUACAGUGGUGUGGUUAAAGCGGUGCAGCUUGGCUAAACCGAUCCUUAAAGAGAAGCAGCGUCUUCUCGGUCUUCCAGAACAUGCUGUCAUUUUAGAUGUGAAGAACAGGUGGAACAGCCUGUUCCUGAUGGUGGAGCGAUUUCUGGAGCAGUUUCCUGCAAUCCAGGCAGCCUCCAUGGACCCUCGGUUAAAAAAAUCAAUGGAGAAGGACAGACUGGAAAGACUUUCUGAUGAGGAUUUUAGAAAAGCAGAACAGUUUGUCAGAGUUAUGAAGAUACUCUAUACUUCAACCAUCUGCAUCUCUGCUGAAAGGAGUCCAACUUUGGGCCAGAUUCUGCCCAUUUUGGGGAAGCUCCAGCAUCACUUAACAGUUACUGAUGAGGACUCCUCCUUUACACAGACUAUCAAGGAAAAGAUCUGGGGUGACCUCUCAAAAAGAUACCAAGAUGAGAGAAUCAGGCAGUUCCUGGAGGAAGGCACAGCCUUAGACCCGAGAUUCAAGAUGAAAGUAGGCGAUGAAGUGUGGACCAGAAUAGAAGAGGAGCUCAUGAGUAGAACCUCACAACAGGCCCAGCAGAUGAAGCAGGAGGUUGAAGGGACAGCUGGUCACCACGAUGACAACUCUUCUGAUGAAGACUGUGGAGCUGCAGUAGGACUACUGAAAAAGCCAAAGCUCUGCCCUUGA